AUGUCUUCCACAACAGACCCCAACCCCUCCGACGCCCGCCCGGCCUUUAUCCCCCUCGAGGCGAACCCCCAGCUCAUGACGACGCUCAUCCACAAGCUCGGCGUGUCGCCGGCCCUCGGGAUGCACGACGUCUACUCCCUCACCGACCCGGACCUGCUGGCUUUUAUCCCGCGCCCCGCGCUGGCUCUGCUGCUCGUGUUCCCCGUCAGCGCCGCGUACGAGAGCCACCGCAUGGCCGAGGAUAGCUUGGUGGACGAGUACCGCGGCAAGGGCGAUACGGAGCCGGUGCUUUGGUGGCCGCAGACUAUUCGGAAUGCGUGUGGACUUAUGGGGCUCUUGCACGCUGUGAGUAACGGAAAUGCACGAAACUUUAUCGAGGAGGGUUCCACGCUCGACACGCUCAUCAAGAAGAGCAUCCCCCUCGGCCCCGACGGCCGCGCCCGCGUCCUCGAACAAACCCCCGACCUCGCAACAGCCCACAAAGAAGCCGCCUCCCAAGGCGACACGCCCGCUCCCCCGGCCGAGGACGACGUCGAGUUGCACUACGUCUGCUUCGCCAAGGGAUCCGACGGUGGACUCUGGGAGCUCGACGGACGACGCAAGGGACCGAUCCGAAGGGGAGAUCUGCUAGAGGAUGAGGAUGUGUUGAGCAGCAAGGGACUUAGUCUGGGGGCGUUGAAGUUUUUGGAGAGGGAGGGUGGUGAUUUGAGGUUUAGUGCUGUUGCGCUUGCUGGGUCUGUUGAUUAG